AUGAACGUCGUCGUCGGUAAUCCGGCGGAGAUCCGACAUCUCCUCACCGGUCCCUCCACGCGCCGUCGGUCGGUGGAAGGCCAUCCUGCGGCGGAUCCGAUCGAGGCGUUGGAUCCGCAGUCGCCGCCGUCACCAUGUCCGCACAGAUUAGCCACCGCGCCGGAUGGGGCGCUGCCACCGCCGCCGUCCAACGCAGGGCUGCCGCUCCGCCGGCUUAUGGCACUUCGGCCACCGCCACACGACAUGGGUUCGCUGCCCCAGCCGCUGCCUUCGGAUCCCACAAGCGGAGCCGCCCUUGCCGCCUCAGAUGAGAUCUCGCCGCAUCCACCCGCCCAGAAAUCUGAGUCUGGAUAUUUUUAG